AUGCAAGGUCCCAAGUUUCGACAAGACGGCCUCGGCGGCCGCAUCACCAUCGCAUUGGUGGCGGUCUGCCUCACCUCGUUCUUCUACAAGAUGGUCAAGGUGCGACUGCGCUUUUAUCGCCUCAAGCGACAAGGGAUGCCAAUGCCUCCCUGGGAUCCUAUCUUGGGAAAUCUGCGACUCAUGCCGGGUCUCGCCAGAGAGUGUCCCAGCGAUGCCUUACAAUCCCAGUCAUUUGCCCUCCUCUCGAUGGAGCACCCAGGUCUGCAAAACGGAUUCUAUAUCGAUCUCUGGCCAUUUAUGUGCCCAAUGUUCGUCACAACCACCCCCCCUCUCGCCGUGCAGGCCUGCCAGACCUAUAAUUUGCCCAAGCCGACCGACCUCCUGGCCCCAUUUAUCAACCCCAUGACGGGCGGGGAUAAUUUCUUCACGACCAAUGGGGCAGAGUGGAAGCAUGAUCGUGAUCUGUUCAACCACGCUUUUAGCAUGACGGCGACGUUGGGCCACGUGGACUAUAUCCUGGAAGAAGCAGAGAUCUAUGUUGGGAUGCUCCGCGACCUCGCCAAGAGUGGCGACACCUUCUCGAUGGACCAGCUUGCUUGUAAUUAUAUGAUGGAUGUCAUUGGUAACAUCACAUUGAACACGCGCUUCAACUACCAGACUGGACACAACCCCAUCGCCGCUGCAAUGCGCGAUACCAUUAAUUUGGAAUGCGGCCGAGAAGGGGAGAACAACCCCUUUCGACGCUGGAACGUCUACCGGUUGUAUCGUCAAUGGCGUAACAGCCGUACCAUGGACCACUACAUCGGCCUGGAGCUGGAAAAGCGCUACCAGGAAUGGUUGCAGCAAGACCAAGCCACAGCCCGGGGUAAGUCUAUCAUGGACAUCGUAAUUGCUGAGUAUAUGAAGACCCGACCCAAGAGCCAAACCUACAACUCGACCCUGGACCCGGAAUUUAAGUCCUGGGCCACUAUCCAAAUUCGCCUUUUUCUUUUCGUCGGCCACGACUCAACGGCUGUAACUAUUAUCUACUGCCUCUACCUUCUCUCAAAACAUCCCGAUACUCUGGCCAAGAUCCGUCUGGAACAUGAGCAGAUCUUCGGUUCCAAAACUAGCGUUGCCACGCAGAUUAAACAGCAUCCCGAGAUGAUUAACCAAAUACCUUAUACCCACGCCGUCAUAAAGGAGACGCUGCGUCUCUUUCCCCCAGCCAACGGCCUCCGAUUCGCGACCGGGUGUUUCUCUCACAGACACCCACAGUCCUGA